UUCAGUAGUUCAGUUGAAUAUUAGAAUUGCGCCCAGUCACACGGUCUACAGAAUGUUAUGUUUGAGGCUGUGCUUCCUUUCGCUGUUAGUCUCAGCACUGCCCGAUCUCCUUGAUGGUGCGCGGAUACUUGCAAUAUUUCCCUUUCCGGGACCCUCGCAAUACAUCAAUGUGCAGCCUUAUUUGAAGGGCCUCGCGGCACGCGGUCAUCAAGUGACCUCAGUUAAUGCCUUUCCCCAAAAGAAACCAAUUGAAAACUUUCGUGACAUUGCAGUGCCUGAAGUUUUUCAGUCCUACGAAGAUAUCAUUGCUGAUCUUGACAUCCCCAAAAAUUCAUGGCAAGAGAACAAUUUCAUUAACGACUUUUUUAUCAGCGUCACCAAAACAGUUUUGCAGAAUGCGAAGGUGCAACAAGAGCUGCUACAGCCCGGCAAGGCUCAGUAUGACUUAAUCAUUGUAGAGGCUUUGCGUACCGACGCGCUUUAUGGCUUCGCGGCUCACUUUAAUGCGCCGAUCAUUGGCAUCUCCACAUUCGGUACAGACUGGAAUAUCGAUGAGCUGGUGGGCAACACUGCCCCAAUUUCCUAUAUUCCACUCGUGACGGCAGGACUCACGGAUCGAAUGACCUACUGGGAACGUGUGCAUAACUUUGUUGAGACUGCCAUAGCCUGGCUUAACUGGAAGCUGGUCUACAUGCCGUUGCAGGUGAAACUCUAUGAGCAAUACUUUCCACAUGUCGCUCAUAAAAAGCCUCUGUUGGAGUUGGGCAAGAACUUCUCGUUGGUGCUGGUCAAUCAACACUUCUCGUUGAGCUUUCCCCGGCCGUAUGUACCCAAUAUGAUCGAAGUUGGGGGACUACAUAUCGCUCAUAAGCCAGCGCCUUUGCCCAAGGAGGUGGAGGAGUUCAUCCAAGGCGCCGGCUCGACUGGUGUUAUAUAUUUCUCAUUGGGUUCGAAUGUAAAGAGCAAGGAUCUACCAGAGGAGCGCAAGCAGAUGCUGCUGCAGGCUUUUGCAAGUCUGCCGCAGCGUGUUCUCUGGAAAUUUGAGGAUGACGUGCUGCCAAAUAAACCACAUAAUGUAUUUAUCAGCAAAUGGUUUCCCCAGCCCGACAUCUUAGCGCAUCCCAAUGUAAAACUAUUCAUCACACACGGCGGCCUGCUGAGCACCAUAGAGAGCAUUCAUCACGGCAAACCUGUACUUGGGCUGCCCUUCUUCUACGAUCAGUUUCUGAAUGUAGAGCGAGCUAAGCAGUCAGGCUUUGGACUGGGUCUUGAUCAUAAGACGAUGACAGGCACAGAGUUUGUACAGACUAUUAAGCGUUUGAUCCAUGAACCACGAUUUGGAACAACAGCAAAGCUUAUGUCAGCUCGGUACCGCGAUCAGCCCAUGACUCCACAGGAGACAGCUAUCUGGUGGACAGAGUACGUGCUGCGCCACAAAGGCGCACCUCACAUGCGGGUAGCAGCUCAGGACCUGAGUUUUGUGGCUUAUCAUAGUCUGGAUGUGUUUGGUCUCUUCUUUGGUGUGGGCGUGUUAAUAUUGGCGUCGAUAUCCUACCUCAUGUGGAAGCUGCUGUGCAGUCAACGGAGUUCAGAAAAACAGAAAUUGAAGCAUCAGUAGAAGUUCUGUACAUUU